AUGGUCGAGCAUCUCAAGCGAGCAUCCCCGUACACCAGCACAGGUCAGGUGUCUCUGCGCUGGACGCUGUGCUCCGCUCGUCCCUCCUUCAGCUUCAUCUCUCCAUCACUGGGUUCUGACGACAUCAUGACAUCCAUGUCCAUGCGGAGUUUCUCGAUCGGCAGACAGCCGUCCUUCUCCAACUUAUCUCUGAGAGACACCGGACGUGGCCGAUCCAAAGCGGCCGUCUCGUUCUCCGCGGCGAAGCCUCUCUCCCGUGCUUCCUCCAUGAGCAUGGCUGACCUGAACAGCCUCUCCAACAUGUCGCUCAACGGCCUGGGCAACAGCACCAAUGAGAAGGAAGCCAUGCAGAGCCUCAACAGCCGUCUAGCCAACUAUCUGGAGAAGGUGCGCACUCUGGAGAAGUCCAACGCCGACCUGGAGCUCCGCAUCAAGCAGCUCAUGCUGGAGAGGGUUCCCAAAGGCCACGACAUAGACGCCAUGCUGGCUCAGGCUCAUGCUCUGGAGCACGAGGUCAGGAAGAGAACUCUGGAGAACGCUCGCAUCAUGCUGGAGAUCGACAACGCCAAGCUGGCUGCAGAUGACUUCAGGAUCAAAUGGGAAACUGAGAGUGCUAUGUGUCAGUCAGUGGAGAGGGAUUGUGUGGCUCUGAAAAAGGCCAAGACAGACCAUGAUCAGAUCAUCGCUACACUACGGGGAGAUCUGGACAGCCUGAAAGAGGAGCUCUACUUCCUCAAGAAGAACCACGAGGAGGAGAUGGACAGCCUGCGGGCGCGGAUAGCCCAGGAGGACGUCAACGUGGAGGUGGACGCCGCUCGCGGCCCUGAGCUCGGCUCGGUGCUGGCUGAGCUCCGCUCCCAGUAUGAGGGCAUAGUUCAUAAGAACAAAGAAGAGACGGAGGACUGGUACCGCAAAAAGCUGGAGGUGGUGCAGACGGAGGUGCACGAGAGCAACGAGGCACUGCGAGGGGCUCAGAGCGAACUCACCGAGAGGCAGCGCUUCCUGCAGACCCUGGAGGUGGAACUGGAGAGCCUCCACAAACAGGUCUCCGCCCUGGAUGGGAACCUGGGUGAAACGGGUCAGAAGUACGCCCUGGAGAUGGAGCGCCUGCAGGCCACGCUGACCCAGCUGGAGGAGGAUCUGUCUCAGCUUCGGCUCGACAUGCAGCGCAACAAGACCGACUACGAGCAGCUCCUGCGCAUCAAACAGAACCUGGAGCUGGAGAUCGCCACCUACAGGCGCCUUCUUGAGGGAGAGGAAGCCGUUAAGGAAGUCCCUCCUCCUCCUAAGAAAGAGCCUGAUGUUCGCACCAGGAAGAUCGUCAAGGUGGUCACUCAGACCAUGAUCAACGGGAAGGUAGUGGACGAGUCCAGCGAGGUGGAGCAAAUCGAGGAAUCCAAGAAAUAAGAACCGGAGUCAAAAAAUAAAGCUCCAAUUGUUCGUUAGUGACCACAUUAACAACCCCCCCCCCCCCCCCCCCCCACA